GAAACGGAAACCCGCGAGGAAUAGUUUUUGAAAGGAUAUCUCACCAGAGGGCUCACGUUAGUGAGAGGCUAGGGAAGAAUCCGAACAAGGCACCCUAGGGAUGGGUACGACCCCAGACCAGCCAAGUGGCAUCCUCUAACCGUGAAUGCGAUCAUUGGUGGUCUUGGACGAGGAGGAAGUUCAAAGCCAUGCCAGGGUCCCGGUACCACAGCGUCUGGGGCCACAAGUGCCGGAAGUUGGCAAGUUCCAGGAUUUGAGAGAACAGAUCCAAGAGAUGCAAAGGAAGAUAAACAAGGGACGAGUGUUCACUACCCGGACGAAUACACUACUCGCCCCGGAGAUCUUUGCAGAACCAUAUCCUCAGGGAUUCAAAAUGUCGUUUGUCAAGCGUUAUGAUGGGGAGUCAGAUCCCCAAGAACACAUAAAUAGCUAUGUCCAGGUGAUGAUCGCUGUUGAUGCCAGCGACGCGUUGAUGUACCGAUGUUUCUUGCAGACGGUGGAUAGCAAGGUUGCUGAUUGGGUGAAUCACGUUCCAGCCGGAUCGAUCCGAACUUGGGAUGAAACUUCCUCGUCCGAUGGUCUCCUUCAUACCGAUCUCACAACCCAUCCCCCGGAUACCUUUGAGGAAGCAAUGGUACGGGCAGGAAGGUAUGUGACCCUGAAGGAGAGGAAGGAGGAGAAGAAAGAGAAGAUUCCCAAGGAAGAAGAGAAGGCGGGAAACAAGAAGCCUUUCAAGAACAAGAAGCAGGGCUUCCCAGAUGGCCCGAAAGGCACGAGCCCCGGGACCUCGGAGAAGCACAAAUCUGCUAAUCCAGUGUUUACAUUACCGGUGGCUGAGGUGGGGGAGGUAACCGCACAGUUCUUAAGAGCCGAAGAAAGACGGCCCAGGGUUGAAGUUGCAGGCGACAUAGAGGAAGUAGAACUAGAGCCAGGCAUGCCGGGAAGGUUGGUUAGAAUUGGAAGAGGCCUGGGGGCUGAACUCAGGUCACGAGUAAUUUCUGUUCUCAGGAGAUUCAGAAAGGUCUUUGCAUGGAGUCCAGCUGAUAUGCCGGGGCUGGAUCACAAGAUUGCAGUUCAUCGUCUCAAUGUUUUGCAGGAUGCUAAACCGGUGAAGCAGAAGCGGAUGCAUCUGUUGCAAGAAAGGAGAGACUUCGUGAAGAAGGAGCUGACAACCUUGCAGAAGAAGGCGCACCCGUUCUUUACUGUACUCAAGAAGAGGACGACCUUUGAGUGGACACAAGAAUGUCAAUUGGCAUUCGAAGAAUUGAAGAGGUAUCUGGCGAGUCCUCUAGUUUUAUCCAAGCCGGAACCCGGGGAUGUCCUGACGUUAUACUUAGCAAUUGCAGACUAUGCCAUCAGUACAGUGAUUGUAAGAGAACAGAACGGGGCCCAGCAUCCGGUCUACUAUGUCAGUAAGACCUUGAGAGAUGCGGAGCUGAGGUAUUCCCGCCCAGAAAAGGCCAUGUUAGCGGUCUUUUGGACGACGAAGAGAUUAACCCCGUACUUUCAAGCUCACCGGAUCGUGGUACUCACCAAUGAGUCCUUGGCGUCACUUACUCGAAGCCCAGCGGCAUCCGCCAUAAUGACCAAGUGGGCGGUGUUCAUCAGUCAGUACAAUCUGGAGUUCAGGCCGCGUCCAUCGAUCAAAGGGCAGGCACUCGCCGACUUUCAGGUUGAGUGUACGGUCAGGGAGAUGACAAGAGCCCGGGUUGAAACCCGGGUAGAAGAUGACUGGUUGGUGAUGAGCAUUGACGGAUCUUCCGGGUCCCGAUCCUGUGGAGCAGGUAUUGUCUUGAUCACUCCGGAAAGUUUCCGGAUAUAUUAUGCUAUCAGAUUUCAGUUCCGCGUGUCCAACAAUGAAGCCGAAUAUGAGGCCCUAAUUAAUGGAGUGAAGAUUCUCGGCAAGCUGGGGGUGUCCAGGGUCCAGGUAUACAGCGACUCCCGCUUGGUUGUGGGACAAAUUAGUGGGGAGUUCGAAGCAAAGGAGGAGAGGAUGAAGAAAUAUCGAAACUUGUCCUUGGAAAUCGCUGAAUCGCCGGAGUAUAUAAGCAAGUUAGCAACUGUGGAGGAGUUGGCAACCCCCAGUCUCAAUAGGGAUGAAGUGCUUUGGGUAUCAGCCGACCCCCCGGAAUGGUUAGAUAGGCUGGCUAGAUACAUUGAGGACGGGGUAGCCCCGGAAGAUCCCCAAGAAGCCUGGUUGCUGCGAAUGAGAGCACCCACCUACAAAGUGCAGGAGGGAGUACUUUAUAAGCGAUCCUACAACGGUGUUUUACUCCGCUGUCUUAGGGCGGCAGAAGCAAAAGCAAUUAUGGAAGAGAUACAUGAAGGAGUAUGUGCGGCACAUCAAGGCCCAUACUCUAUCUCCAGAAGGGCAAUAAUCCAAGGAUAUUUCUGGCCAACAAUGAGGAAAGAUUGUGGGGGAUUGAUAUCGUGGGUGCCCUGCCGAAAAGGAAUUGGACAGGCAAGAUGGAUAGUGGUGGCCAUAGAUUAUUUUACCAAAUGGGUAGAGGCUGAGCCGCUUGCUGGGAUCACAGGGAAGCAGAUGAUCGAUUUCGUGGGAACCAAUAUACUUUGUAGGUUUGGGGUCCCGAAGCAGAUCAUAUCCGACAACGGAACUCAGUUUGAAGAAGCGGAAUUCCAAGACUUCCUCAAAACCUGGGGAAUUCAACAUACGAAGGUAUCCGUAGCCUAUCCCCUGGCUAAUGGUCAGGUGGAGAACGUCAACAGGACGAUCAUAAGUGGGAUAAAAAAGAAGUUGAUGUCGGAAGGAAGCAACUGGGUGGAUGAACUACCCAGAGUCCUAUGGACAUACAGGACCACUCCAAGAAGGGCCACGGGUGAUACUCCUUUUGGCUUGGCCUAUGGGUCUAAAGCCCGGGCACCAGCUGAAACAGUAAUCCCAACCAGGAGGGAAAUGACAUAUGACCCGGAAGUGAACGAAUAGAAUCAGGCCGUUAAGCUUAAUUUCUUAGAGGAAAGAAGAGAUGAAGCGCGAAUCCGGGCAUAAAAUCACCGUCGCCAGGUGAAAUCUUACUUUGAUAGUAGGGUGAAACCGAGGGCGUUCCAGGUGGGGGAUUACAUCCUAAGAAAACGACAAAAGAGUCAACCAACUAAGGGCGGAAAGUUGGCCAAAAAGUAUGAAGGACCUUAUAUCAUCAAGGCCGUUGUUCGCCCAGGUACCUACUAGUUGAUGACUCCAAAGGGAAAAGAAAUAGAUAUGACAUGG